AAGGAUCGCACUGCAGUCGGGUGUCGCGGCUUCGACGCGCGCUCGCGACCACGCGCUCCACUCAAGGAUCACCUUACGUAAUAAUAACUAAUCGAAACCGAUCCGAUAAUCGAUUGUGGAAAGUGAACUCUCGAUAAUUAUUGUGAACCAUUUUUUUUAUUUGCCAUAAAAUCGAAUAUUAAUUUGUGAACUUGUUUUGUGUACUUUGUGUCAUGUUUUUGUUUUGUUUUUGCACGGACUCCAAAGAUUCUUUUUGGGCGUAGCUGACUGUGUUUCGUUUUUAUGAUAAAAACGUUUUAUUAAUUUGAGACGCUGUGUGUGCAUUGAACAAAAUAAUUAAGAAAACUUUACGAGUUUUGUGGACAAUUUUUGACUGAGUGUUUUGUGGACUUCUAUGAAAAAUCACUGUGAUUGAAGCAAAACUUCUGAAUCGCGAUAAAAGUAUCACGCGACGUCGAGAAAAGAACAAUCGAUAAUCGCGAAGGAAGUUGGCCGUCACUAUUUUUCGGGUUUAGAAUGCGGGUAUCCGGCGGCGUGGUAUUUAAGCGCUCGCGCGGAGUGGUGGGGAUGAGUCGGGGCUGAGUUACCGGCGCGAGCGGUCGUCCGGAUGCACCCGACGGGCGCGGCCAGUCUGCCCGCACCGGAGGCGGAGGUGCAAGCUAUGCACUCGAUGGACUGGCUCUUUAAGAAAGAAAGGAUAUAUCUACUCGCGCAAUUUUGGCAACAGAGAGCCACACUGGCCGAAAAAGAAGUGACCACGCUCAAGGAGCAACUGGCCACAACCAGCCCCACCCCCCUUCAAGCCACCGUCCCCCUCAAGACCAAUGGCUCGCUAGACUCGCGCGACCAGGCCACCGAAACCAGGAUACCGGACAUCUUCGACAUUAAAGAAGAGAAGAGAAGGUCGCCAGAGCUUGAUGAAGACGUAGAGCAGAAGAUGGAGAUGGCCGCGACCGGUAGAAGUAAUAGCAACUCCUCGAGGAGUAGUCCGGUGGUGCACCCCAGCAGCAACUUGGAGAAUGAGCUCGCUGCCAAAGAGAAAGAGAUCGCGCAGCUAGUGGAAGACGUGCGCCGCCUGCAAGCGUCGCUGGCGGCGCUUCAGGACGCGCACGCGCAGCAGCUGGCACGACUGGAGGAGCGGCUGGACGAGAAAAAGCAGCACAUCGCGCGAUUGGAAGCGCGCAUCGACGCGCAGCGCGACUACGACGACAUCAAGCGAGAGAUCAGUAUGCUCAGAGCGUUGGACCUCGGAGCGGGUGAGCGCUCACUGGAGCGGAAGCCCGAGCCCCUGCGCUCGCCGGCCAUCGCGCCUCCUAUGCGCGACGAGCGGAAUUCGGCCGAGCGCGAGCGCAGCUCCGAACGACGCGACACCGGUGCGGAGGAGUGGCCCAGCACGCCGCCGCCGCUCAACAACAACACCACGCACCACAACAACAACGGGCCGCUGCCGCUGCCGCCGCCCAGCCCCUUCCGCUUCGACGAGCACCGGCCCUACCGCUUCGCCGAAGACAUGGGGCCGCUGCCGCCCGGCGCGCUCGUCGGCCGCCUCGGCGACUCCCUCAUCCCCAAGGGAGACCCCAUGGAAGCCCGCCUCCAAGAAAUGCUCAGAUACAACAUGGACAAAUACGCCAACACCAACCUCGACACGCUCCACAUAAGCCGGAGGGUCCGAGAGCUGUUGUCGGUCCACAACAUCGGCCAGAGGCUGUUCGCCAAGUACGUCCUGGGGCUGUCCCAGGGCACGGUGUCGGAGCUGCUGUCGAAGCCCAAGCCGUGGGACAAGCUGACGGAGAAGGGCCGCGACUCGUACCGCAAGAUGCACGCGUGGGCGUGCGACGAGGCCGCCGUCAUGCUCCUCAAGUCCCUCAUUCCCAAGAAAGUGGGAACAAAAGACGGUACCGGCGCGGGCUUCGGCCGACCAGAAGGGGAGGGUGACGAGAGACUCGCGCAUAUCCUCAGCGAGGCCUCGCACCUCAUGAAGCCCUCAGCACCAACCAACGACGACUCCAGAAGCAAUGAGGACUCCAGCUCGCCGAGGACGCAGUGCCCUUCGCCGUUCUCCAAUAAGGACUCGAGUCAAAAUAGAAGACUGAAGAAGUACGAGAACGACGACAUCCCUCAAGAGAAGGUGGUCCGCAUCUACCAAGAGGAGCUCGCCAAGAUCAUGACGCGCCGCGUGGAGGACAUGCGCCACAGCCGCGACGGGUUCCCCACCGUGUUUCCUCCUUUUUUCAGCGGCGGGAUGCCGCCACACAUGGAGCGGCCGCCGGAGGACAUCCGCAUGGCGCUGGAGGCUUACCACCGCGAGCUGGCCAAGCUGCAGCCCGGCGGCGCCAUGCCCAGCCUGCAACACAUGCAGGGCAUGCCGCCCUUCCCCAACCUGCUCGCCCUCCAACAACAGGCCAUGCAGCAAGCCCAGAACCAACACAUGAACGGCUCCGGCGCGGUUCAGGAUCUCUCACUACCUAAAGAUAAAAAUGCCAAAAUGAAUGGAAUGACUGAUAGCGAUAAGGAUAGACCAAUGGACGCCGAAGAGGCUAUAAGGCAUGCGGGUAGCGCGUUCUCGUUAGUGAGGCCGAAAUUGGAACCUGGACAGCAAUCGACGGGCUCGUCGGCUUCCAGUCCCCUUGGGAAUGCGAUUUUACCGCCGGCGAUUACGCCUAAUGACGAUUUCAGCAGCUCAGCGGCGGCGAGUCCGCUGCAGAGGAUGGCUUCGAUCACGAACAGCCUCAUCUCCCAGCCGACCAACCCGACUCAUCACCAGCCCCCGCAACGAUCGAUGAAAGCCGUGCUUCCCCCUAUUACUCAGCAACAAUUCGACCUCUUUAACAAUCUGAACACUGAAGACAUAGUCAGAAGAGUGAAAGAGGCGCUCAGCCAAUACUCCAUCAGCCAAAGAUUGUUCGGCGAGUCAGUGCUAGGACUAUCCCAGGGAUCAGUCAGUGACCUACUGGCGAGGCCGAAGCCCUGGCACAUGCUGACGCAGAAGGGACGGGAGCCAUUCAUCCGCAUGAAAAUGUUCCUCGAGGACGACAACGCUGUCCACAAGCUGGUCGCGUCGCAGUACAAAAUCGCGCCGGAGAAGCUCAUGAGGACUGGAAACUACAGCGGAGUACCUCCAUGUCCGCCAAACAUGACCAAGCCGAUGCCCCCGACGCAGAAAAUGAUCUCAGACGCGACGUCCCUGCUCAGCAAGAUGCAGCAGGAGCAGCUGCUCGGCCCUGGCCACCUGGGCCACCUGGGCCAGCCCACGCCGCUGCUGCUGACGCCGCCCGGCUUCCCGCCGCACCACGCCGUCACGCUGCCGCCGCAGCACCACGACAACAACAACAAGGAGCGCAAGCCGCCGCCCCCGCCGCAGCCGCACCACCCGCCCGGCGUCAUGCGCAACCUCCACCAGCACAUCUCCCCCAGCGUGUACGAGAUGGCCGCGCUCACACAGGACCUCGACACGCAAACCAUCACGACCAAAAUCAAGGAGGCCCUCCUCGCCAACAACAUCGGCCAGAAGAUCUUCGGCGAGGCCGUGCUCGGGCUCUCGCAGGGCUCCGUCAGCGAGCUGCUGUCCAAGCCGAAGCCGUGGCACAUGCUCAGCAUCAAGGGCCGCGAGCCCUUCAUCAGGAUGCAGCUGUGGCUGAGCGACGCGCACAACAUCGACCGCCUGCAGGCGCUGAAGAACGAGAGGCGCGAGGCCAACAAGAGGCGGCGGUCGAGCGGCCCCGGCCAGGACAACUCCUCCGACACCUCGUCCAACGACACCUCCGAGUUCUACCACUCCAGCUCCCCGGGCCCCACCUCGGGCGCGCCGUCGGCGAAGAAGCAGCGAGUCCUGUUCUCCGAGGAGCAGAAGGAGGCGCUCCGACUCGCCUUCGCUCUCGACCCGUACCCGAACAUGCCCACAAUAGAAUUCCUGGCGACGGAACUCGGUCUGUCGACGAGAACGAUAACGAACUGGUUCCACAACCACCGCAUGCGGCUAAAACAGCAGGCGCCGCACGGCCUGCCCGCCGAGCCGCCGGUGCGGGACCAGUCGUCCGCGCCCUUCGACCCGGUGCAGUUCCGGCUGCUGCUGAACCAGCGGCUGCUGGAGCUGCAGAAGGAGCGCAUGGGGCUGGCGGGCGUGCCGCUGCCGUACCCGCCGUACUUCGCCGCCAACUCCAACCUCGCCGCGCUCAUCGGCCGCGGGCUCCUGCCGCCCGACGACCACGUCAAGGACCAGAGCGGCGGCCUGGAUCUGUCGAUGCCUCUGAAGCGCGAGCCCGACGGCGACGACUUCGAGGACGACGACGUCGAGAGCAACCUCGGCUCCGAGGACUCGCUCGACGACGGGGAAUCCAAGACUGAGCCGAAGGCGGCCUCCACGCCGGCGGGCCGGUCGAGCCGGCGGAAGCCCGCGGCGCCGCAGUGGGUCAACCCCGACUGGCAGGACGAGAAGCCGCGGAAUCCUGACGAGGUGAUCAUCAACGGUGUUUGCGUGAUGAGGAGCGACGACUUUCGGAGGGAGGCGGAGGAGACCGUGCGGGUGGAGCCGGCGCCGGUGGCUCGCGACGGGUCGCCGGCCGCGUCGCCGGCGCCGCGCACGCCGCUCACCCCUCACACCCCGCACACCCCUCACACCCCGCGGCCUCCCCACACGCCGCCCGAAGACGUGCUCUCGGAGGACAAGAUCAAGACCGAGACAGAAGACGACCGGUGGGAGUACUAGACUGUCGAGUGAGUGCGUGAUCACGACGGACGCUUAUUUAUUGUUAGCUAGUGAGGCCCGGCUCGAAGCGAGGCCGGAGACUGUACAUACCCUCGAGGAAACUUUACGAUACAAAAUUGCAUUUUGCUUUAAUUUUUUAAUGUAGAAAGGAGGCGUACCCUGUUAGGUACAAAUAUCUGAGUACUUGUUAAGUUGAGGCUCACUUUGUGGAUUCGAUUGUUGUAAAUAAAUAUACCAAAUAUGUAUCGAAGUGUGUGAGCCGUGUACAUACGUAGCCUAGGUGUAAGAUACGUUGCGAUAGGGGUAGCAGGUCAUUAUUGUUAAUGAAAUUUUAAAGUGCAAUCUGAUGUUAAUGUAAGCUAUGAUCUAUAUUGACCCCAGUUGAAAAGUAUUAUUAUGUUUAUAUGAACCGGUGAGGUUUAAAAUAUUAUUAUAAUCGGGUUAUAAGUUUAUAAUUAAAUUAUGAAUGUUUAUUUUAUACUAUAGUAUGUUUUCUGUGCAUUAUUUUAUAGCCGAUUGGACCGCUCAAGUUUGUGAUGCGACUGCUGCGGCGUCGCCUGCACUGUAUUUGUUUUCAUUUCUAUUAUUUUAUAUAUUUUUAGAAAACGUACAAAUUUAGAGACAAACGUAUACGUUUAUAACUGCUUGUGGUUAUAGUUUUUAUUUUAUUUUAGCAAUAAAUUUGCUUUUAAUCUUAUUUCAGUUAUUUUUAUUUUAUUUUCGCUUUCUUCCCUUAUUUCCUUCUCCUUAGGGUAAAGUAAAUUGUACAUUAUAAAGGAACCAUACUCCUUGCAUCGAGUUGUAUAUAGUCGUACUGUCUGUAUAUAUCUAAGGAGCCGUGUAGGUAGAACGUUAGUUACCUAAGUAGGCGAAUAGUGAACCCCAAUUAAACUUCUAAACGGUAUAACUCAUGGAUAAUCCAAAGUAUUGUCAAUCUAAAGUGUAUCCAAGGAAAUGUAUCUAAAUUAAUCACCAUAUGUCUGUAGCUUUAGGCCCAAAUAUUUCGGAAAUUUAAUAAAAAGACAAUUUGGAUAAUUUUUAUUCGGGAAAAUGAGAUGACACUCUUUCUAUUUACAGUUUUAGGAAUACCGAACUUCAUACAUAUCGAUGUUUAUAUAACGAAUAAGCUAGCCUAAGUUAGUGUGUAAUAGUCAAUAUUAAAUUAAAAUAUUAGGCUGUCUAACAGUUGUCGAAUCUUUUAAUUUUACUCCAAAUACCGUUAAGGGAAAUUUUUUAACAUUUUAAAUAAAUAUUAAAGCUUCCAAUAUUUAAUUUUAUAGACUCAUUUCAUAGCUUUUGCUUUCGAAAGAAUAUUAUAUGUAUAUGAAUAUUAUAUUGUUGUUUAUAUUGUGAUAGAUGUCUUGGAUAUUUUGUACGAAAUAGUUAUCAUUGUUUAAAAAAUCACACUGUUAGAGAAGUAAGUAAUAGGAAACGAUCAGGAGGUGUUCAUUCGUUAAUCACAAAAGAAACGCUAAAAAUGUGUAUAAAAAUUGCUAAGAAGUAGCUCGGUAUACUAACCAAUUUCGAAAAGAACUGAGCAACGUUGUAGAGCCAAAGGAAAAUUAUUUUGAUCUUGUUUGAAGGCCAAAGAUAGUCGUAAAUAUUAUGCUAGAGUGAAAAAGUAAUUUCGGUCAUAAAAACAU